AUGAAGAGACCAUUCGAAAGCACUCAGACUGACUAUGUUGCGGCCACUGGCACAAGCGAGACGACCCCAUGGCUGCAGCACACACGCUGGGCUAAGCUAUUCCGGAAUAGAUCACUCGAAAUCAUUGCCGCCACGGCGAAGCUACCGGCCUCGCAAUGGAGUAGAAGAUACCUACUUGGUCAAUGGCAAGGACUUUAUAUCUGGAGCUCUGCCGAAACUGAAGCCCAGUUGCAGGUUAUCCUUCGCGGGCUAGACUUGAUGUUCGACAGGGCAAGAGCUACGCUUGAUCGCACGCCAUAUAUCUCGCGCUGUUGGCUAAAUACAUAUGCUAAAGAUGCUUUUUGGCCGCAUGGAUUUCGAGUCAUACCAAGCUUUAAGAAGUAUCUGGCAAUAUGGAAAAGAUUCAUCUGCUUCGUAUUUCGCGCUCUGCAAUACCCGUCUCGGCAGCGUAAGGAGGUAUAUAACUUGCGUUUGGGAUCCAAUGAGAUUAAUAUGAUGCAGCAUAUAUUAUAUCUGGUCGGUCAACUGCAACUAGGAGAGGAUGGCAACGUCAGCGACAGCUCAGACAGUGAGGGUGACGAAUCUUAUGGCCAAGACUGGCACGACGACUGCGAAAUUCCUUCAGAGCUUGAAAAUUCAGUUACCGACCAAGACUUUGACACAAGUACAGACGAGGAUGAGGAAGAUCUGGCUUCUCUCUUCCGAAUGGUAACUGGCUGCGGCUGUCUGAGGCUUUAUUCCAAUUAUCAAUGA